AUGACCCACCUACCACCGUCUCUGGGGCCCAUGUCCCACCUACCACCGUCUCUGGGGGCCGAUGUACCACCUAUUACCGUCUCUGGGGGCCAUGUCCCACCUACCACCGUCUCUGGGGGCCAUGACCCACCUACCACCGUCUCUGGGGGCCAUGUCCCACCUACCACCGUCUUAGGGGGCCAUGACCCACCUACCACCGUCUUAGGGGGCCAUGACCCACCUACCACCGUCUCUGGGGGCCCCUUGUCUCUCCUGUAUACCAGGUUAUAUAAUAUCUACCCGUCCAGGGUAGUUACUAACCCGCUUGCUUCACAAUAA